AUGAUGAAGACACCCUCACAGUUCGAUUCUGGCGAAGCACCCUGGGAGCGCCUAGAAAGCCCAGUAUACUCAGUUGCUAUAUCCAACUGUCAAGAUACUGGUGGCUAUCACACUUUCAGGGAGGACAUUGAGUACUGGGGUCCCAGGACUAGCAUGUCGAUCUGCUCAUUAGCUGGUAUAGCCUGGGUCAAAGAACGGGUGAAAUUGAAACAGCCUGAUUUUCAAGCCACUGCAAAUGAUUUCACACAAAAUGUGGCACGGAUGCUAAAGCUGGAGAAACAACCGACAAAGCGCCGGAAAGAGGAGCCUGGGUUUGAUGACGCCCUCAGAUUCACCAAGGCCUUCUUUGAAGAAACUCCUGAAGCAGCCCUGGGAAUAGUUCAGCGUUCAUGUUUCGAAUCGAGACUCCGUUCAUUUUACAAAAGCUCAAAAAAUGAGGAUAACUUUUCGUGGUUCGCAAUGCGAAACAUCAUCUUCGCUUAUGGAUGUCGAGUGGUAUCGUCCAAGACAGCGUCUUAUUCCGAAGCUCAGCAAGAGUCCUGGUCAUAUUUCGAGAACGCGCUUUCUGUACAUACAGAAAUUCUUUGUUUUCGGACUUCGGUGAUGGGCGCACAGGCAUUGACCCUAAUGGCUUACUUUGCGGAAGCUGUGUCAUGCCGAAUGGUACAAUACAUACUCGUUGCGACUGCAUAUCGACUUGCAUGUGGGCAAGGAUUACAUACCCGGCCAUCGCCAUCCUGGAAGCUACCUGAAGGGGAGAAAUCGCUACGGCAAAGCGUGUUCUGGGCUAUCUAUUGUCUCGACAAACAAAUUUCUUGCCGUUCAGGUCGACCUUCGAUCAUCGAUGAUGAAGAAAUUAAUUGUAAUUUACCCAAUCCCAACGGAACAGAUGGCUCGGUAAGCAUGAGAUAUAUUCAGGCAUAUAUCAAAAUUAGUCACCUGUCCUCCAUUACACGGAAGAUGCUCUCCAAAGCAGCAGGGUGUCGCCAGGCCCCGCAAGAACUAGUUGACAAUGUGCUUAAACUUGACGUGAAGCUGGAAGAUUUGCGCAUAAAUCUACAGAAUCAGUGUCAAAUUGACCUCCCAAUGAAGUUGACGGAGCUUCCGGCUGGCCUUGAUAUGCGGCAAGCUAUAUCAUUACAAUUUUUGUAUUACAACCUGGUUUGGGAUAUUCAUACAACCCUAGCACAUCCCUGGUUUCGCGACAUCAUCGGAUUGGAGCGAUAUUCUGAAUUCCAAUCCCAAAUUGUCAACUCCUGCGCAAUUGUCGCAGAGACAUCGAGAGCCGUUAUAUUAGACUGUCGGUUGAUCCAAAUCGACGCAAGUUGUCCUAUGUCGGUGGCCUACUAUUCUCCCUUAUAUGCUGUAGUGAACCUAUUCAUUGGCAUCCUGCACGAUCCUUCCCUGGGUUCUUCCAGGACGGAUCUCUACUUGAUGGACGUUGCCACCGGAUAUUUUGCCCGGCUCGAAUACUCUACAGAUUCGCAGUGGUCAGUGCCGCUGGUGAAAGACGUUGCAAUUCUCGCUCGCAGCGCAGUGGAGACUCCCAUCGGAGCUCCCAGUCACAUUCACUCUGAUGUAGAGAAUCUGCCAACUGCCAAUUCUUCAUUUUCUAGCCCGGAGCCAAUGAGUGAGCCUGCAACUGACGGAAAUGGAAUUACCAGAGAUGUGAGGACACCUUCAACUCAAAAUACGACAGUUGCUGAUUCUAAUCAAUAUCUAGUGGCAAAAUUGGAAUCCGAAUGA